UAAUAAAAGGUUAGGUUAGGACGAGUAGUUUUGUUUUGAGAUCAAAUCAAUCAAAUUUCAAAUAAUUAAUCGCUAUUGGUAAUAAAUAAGUGAAAAUAAAAAACUACCAUUAACACCGUGUCAAUUUUUAAUCAUUGUUAUCUUUUUUAUAAUUAAAAAAAGAAAAAAUUUCAUCUCUCAACGAAACAUAUUUUAGUUUUUUAAAAAAUCCACUUUUGGAGUACUAUUUUUUUGGGGGUAAUUGUCAAAAUACCUUUUAUUUAAAUGUAUCAAUCAGUAAUUGAAAAAAAUUUGCCACGGGCAUUAAUAAUCAACGAUGUCAAGAAUAAAACUAUCGAUCUUGCUAAAUUGAUAGGGGCUGAACCAUUAUCAAAAGAGGAUGGAAUGGAAUAUUAUUUAUGGAAUAUUGACAAUAAAUAUUAUACAGCACAAGUAUUAAUUUCAUCGACACAAAAUUCUUUGACAAAUAUUUUAUUCGAUGGAGUUGAAGCACUAAUUGUCUAUCAUGAACCAAAUGAAGAACAAACUUUAUGCUAUUUAGAAAAUUGGAAAUCGCUUAUGCCAUCGCUAGCGGAAGUGGAAAUUCUAUUAUUUGUUUGUAAUUCCAUAAAAGAUUCGUCUCUUAAAGAAAAAUUGACAGAAUGGUGUAUGCAACAGAAAUUCGAAUUAGUUGAACUGGAACAGGGAGAUAUGAAAGAAACGGAUGAUUCUGAAUCAGGAAGAAAUGCUUAUGGAAUUGAAAGAAUCAUUGAGGCUUUGCAAGCACACACAUGGACGAAUAUGAUAUUAAAAAAUCAAACUUCUGAAACUAAAUCAAGAGAAGAAGUAAAUCGAGUUGGUGAACAAAUAGAAAAUAUUCAAUUAGAUGCUCAACCGGAUAUAUCAGACAGACUACGCAUGGAGAGUGUUUUUGAUGGAAUAAUGGACAGUGAAAAUGUUGAUUUCGGAGAACUUUAUGGACAAUUGAUGGCAAUGAAAGAACACGCCGCAACUUUACCAACAAAUCAAAGAAAACUUGCUGCCGAACAAUUAGUGACGGCAUUUUGGAAAGCCAUGGGAGGCGAUCCGGCAGAAAUAAGCGAUUUGGAUUGAAAAGAAAGAAAAGAAGAAAAUCUGAUUCCUAUUUACUAGAGAAAAUUUAAUUUUCACCUUUUUAUUCAUAUCUUAUAUUGUAUAUUUUGUAAUUCCUUUAAAACAAUUAUUUCAAUUUUAUCAAGAGAAAAAUGAGAAAUUCAUUCAUUUAAUUUAUUUUAGAUACAUAAAUUAUAAUAAUAGUUGAAUAAGUAAAGUUGCUAUAGAGCGCAAAAAUAAAUAUGGUUAGGGUAAUAAUUAUUAGUGAAGAAAGAACAAUAUUGAAAUAAUAGAGUGAUAUGUCAAACAGCGUAUUAAUUUAUGUAAAAAAGAUGAAAAAUUAUAAUUUUAAUGUAAAAUUUAAAUCCUAAUAGAAUUAUUAAUAAUAAAGAGAAUUUCUAUUA